CUGUUCCUCCCCAUCCAGCCUCGCUCUCCUCCCGCCCACCAGUUGAUUCCUCUUCAGUGUUAGUGUGCCGUUGGGAGCAGAAAAAGCCUUUUCUUUGGCAUUUUUUGUUUGUUGCUGCUGCAUCUUCCUCUCCUGCCGUUUCACUCUCUCUUGCAGCUACAAUGCUCCAGCUGAUCGCAGGGCGCGUGGGGAGCCUGGUGGCCAGGCGCGCGACACUGGCGCUGAGUACCAGCAGCGCGAGGAUGGCGAGCAACGGCCACCGUGACGUGACGAGCCACGAGGGGACGGAGGCAGUGGACAUGUCUCGGCCGAUGUACUGUGACCGUUUGGACACCCCAUUGCCUGACAAACUCUACAAAGACAAACUGUCUGCUGCCGAUAAGAGCCUGAAAGAGAAGGAGAAGGGGCCCUGGAGCCAGCUGACCAACGAGGAAAAGAUGGCCUUGUACCGGCUCUCGUUCCAUCAGACCUACGCAGAGAUGAACCAGCCCAAGUCCGAGUGGAAGACCGUCGUCGGGGGCAUCUUCUUCUUCGUGGGUUUCACUGCCCUGGUGGUCUGGUGGCAGAGAGUCUUCGUCUACCCUCCUCGUCCCAGGACCUUUGAUGACGAGUGGCAGGCCAAACAGCUCCAGAGGAUGCUGGACAUGAGGAUCAACCCCAUCGAGGGCUUCUCCUCCAAAUGGGACUACGAGAAGGGCCAGUGGAAGUAAAGUGAUUGCUGCAGCCGAGGCAGCAUGGCGUCCUCCACCAGUCCGCCUUCGGAUUGUUAAUGUGCGCGCAGUUAGAAUACGGUCUCAAUUUAAAUGUUUCAUUGUAACCGAUCAGGCCACUUGGCAGGGGCUCAUUCAUCAAGUCCCCUAAGAGUCGUUUUACAAAGUGCCUCCUCGCCGCCUCUGCAGCCUUCUGUCUCUGUGCGCCCUGUCCUCAGCUUUUUAUGAUAAUCACAAUAAUAAAGUUUUUGCUUAUACUUUUGUCAAACGCUUUCAUUAUCCAGAGCUCUGCUUCAAGGGAAAUUAAAUGCAAAGCAGUGAAAAAAAAAACUUGAAUAGAUAUUAAAUGUUUGGUGUUAAAUCUGUCCUCCCUAGCUUACAAUUUAUCCAAGAUGUAAUCCAGUAGUAACUCAAGGCUCACUCAAAUCUAUCACAGAAAAUAAAAUGUGAAGAAAGUAA